GGCGAGUAUAUUUGUUUUAACAAAUAUUAUUGUAUAAUCUCGAGGAGAAGAGUUGAAUCUGAGCCAUCCAUCACAAACCUCAUAAAUUCGGCGGGAGGGGAAAAGGAAAAUGAGCCUUUAAAAUCUGUUCCCUCCGCCUCCGGUCUUAUGUGAUAUUAAAAAUUUAUUAAUAAAUAUUUCCUCAUUUCGUUUCCCUCCCUCCCUUCUGUUUCCCUUUCGAUCUUUAUUUUUAAAUAUUUUUUUGAAUCCAAUUUAGGAUAUUAUUAUUAUUAUUCCCAAUUUAUAGUUUUAACCCUUAACUUAUUUCUUUGAGUUUCUGAUACCACUCAACCCAACCACUCGCCAUGGUUAGGGCUGUGAAACGCGAAUCCAUCACCUCUUCUACUAAAACGGUCCCUAAUGACCAAUCUGGUGGCGAGAAAGACCGCAGGGUUCUCCGCUCCCGCUACCUCGCCGUGAAGUCCAAAAUCAGUAAUAAGAGAGACGAUUUAACAGAUGCAAAUUCUGAUAACUUCAGUUCUAUCAUUAAUGAGGUGGAGAGCUUGCAUCAGCUGGUACAGAAACCAAGAGAACAAGUUGCUGAUGCGGAGGCACUUUUGGACAUUACAAGUACGUUAAUGUCCUCCGUCAAGGCACAUGGCACUCAUGGUAUAACUCCUUCAAACUUUGUCAGCAGUCUUCUGAUGAAAUUUGGACGGCGGAGUGGAAUCAUGGAGGAGGAGAUGAACUUGACAUUUUGGAAGGAUGUGGGAGUUGCUGUGUCGGAUGUUUUUAGGAGAGCUCCUGGAUGCUGCACCAUGAUUGGUCCCAUGAACACAGAAAUAAAACUUCGUAAGCCUGCUGUCCGACGCAAACAUGUGAGGCCUACAGAAAGUUCUCGACCAGAAGAGCUUGAUGAUUCUCUUUCAAAAGAGAAAACGGACACUGAUAAGAAUAUGGCAAUCAUGUUCAACAUUCUGAGGAAGCAUAGAAAAGUCGGGCUUGAAAAUCUAAUUUUGAAUAGGAAUUCUUUUGCACAAACAGUAGAAAAUUUAUUUGCUCUGUCAUUUUUAGUUAAAGAUGGGCGUGCCGAAAUUAAAGUGGAUGAGAAAGGCUGCCAUUUUGUUUCACCAAGAAAUGCACCUGCUGCCAAUGCAGUUGCUUCAGGCGAGGUUGCUUAUAGCCAUUUCGUUUUCAGAUUUGAUUUCAAGGACUGGAAGUUGAUGUCAAAUUAUGUUGGUAUUGGAGGGGAGUUGAUGCCACAUAGGUCUCAUGCAAACAGUGCUCAACCAGAACAACCUUCCCAACCAAAUCAACCUACAGAGGAACGACAAUCGACAGCACCAGCACCAUCACCAACACCAACGACACCAAUUCGGAAGUUCACUAGGAAUCGUGGCUUGGUUUUGCAUGAUCAGGCAGUUCUAGAAGAGUCCCCUGAUAGCGAACCAUCAGUUGUGGAAGACUCGCCUGUAUAUGGAGAUGACUUACAAAGAGCUGCUGCCCUCGGAAAAGGGAAGCGUAAGCUGAGGUAAGGAAUAGAGUUACGGGGGAGUUUAGAGGUCUCACCGGCCGAGUAUGCUUCUUUUCUAGCUUACUCCUGGGACAUGCUUUAUGAUUAUGGUUACUUAGCUCUGUAUAUUUGUACAAGUCCUAUUAAAGACUGAUUUUUAUUUUUUGGAUCGUAAAGCAUUGUACUCCGUUGCUGGCUAUUUUACUAGUAAAUUUUGUAAUUGCUUUAGUGAUUCGUGAAAUGAAAAUUAGUGUUGAGGUUUACUCAAUAGUUAA